CCUUCUCCGGAAGUAGCGGCCGCCGCCAUUGUGCGGCGCUGGUCCACUCAAAGGGUGCUGGCUGCAGCCGGCGUUUUGGGCUCUCGUCCUAGCUUCUCGGUCUCCCGUACUGGGAGCCCGGCAGGUCCGGGCCUCCCAUCCGUGCCGGUGCGGGCGCCGGCAUGUGGCUGUGGGAGGAACAGGGGGGCCUCAUGGGCCCCUUCUCCUUCCUGCUGCUGGUGCUGCUGCUGCUGACGCGCAGUCCCUUCAAUGCCUGCCUCUUCACUGGCAGCCUCUACCUCCUGUUGCGCCUCUUCAGCUUUGAGCCGGUGCCCUCCCGCAGGGCUAUGCAGGUGCUCAAGCCCCGGGACCGCGUUUCCGCUAUCGCCCACCGCGGAGGCAGCCACGACGCCCCGGAGAACACGCUGGCAGCCAUUCGGCAGGCAGCUAAGAAUGGAGCAGCAGGCGUGGAACUGGACCUUGAGUUCACUUCUGACGGGAUUCCUGUCUUAAUGCAUGAUAGCACAGUAGAUAGGACGACUGAUGGCACCGGUCGACUGUGUGAUUUGACAUUUGAACAAAUUAGGAAGCUUAAUCCUGCAGCAAAUCACAGAUUAAGGAAUGAUUUCCCUAAUGAAAAGAUCCCUACCCUAAGAGAAGCCGUUGCAGAGUGCCUAAGCCAUAACCUCACAAUCUUCUUUGAUGUCAAGGGCCAUGCAUAUAAGGCUACUGAUGCUCUAAAAAAGGUGUAUAUGGAAUUUCCUAAACUAUACAAUAAUAGUAUCGUCUGCUCUUUCUUGCCAGAAGUUAUCUAUAAGAUGAGACAAACAGAUCAGAAUGUAGUAACAGCUUUAAUUCAUAGACCUUGGAGCCUUAGCCACACAGGAGAUGGGAAACCACGCUUUGAAUCUUUCUGGAAACAGUCCAUGUUUGUGGCAUUGGACAUUUUGCUCGAUUGGAGUAUGCAUAAUAUCUUGUGGUACCUGUGUGGAGUUUCAGCUUUCCUUGCACAAAAGGAUUUUAUAUCUCCGGACUAUGUGAAGAAGUGGUCAGCUAAAGGCAUUCAGGUUGUUGCUUGGACUGUUAAUACUUUUGAUGAAAAAAGUUACUAUGAGUCUCAUCUUGGUUCCAGCUAUAUCACUGACAGCAUGUUGGAAGACUGCACACCUGAAUUCUAGACUUCCCUCCCCACCCCAGGGAGGAAACAUAAUUACAGAAACUGUCUGUGGGCCUCACGCAGGGACAUCAGUGAGCCCAAGCCCUUGAGGGAUCGGGCGGCUCACAUAAGCAAUAGUCGUAACUGGGUUUUCACCUGAACCAAAGCAAAACCCAGUGUAGCCACCAUGCUCCAUGGAAUGCCUGAGUUCAAAAUUGAUGCUCUUCAAAGUCUGGGUCUGCAAAAAGGCACAACACUCCUGCCCUGACUUAGAGGAGACACACUUCAAGACCCAGUGAAGAUAAGCACAGAUUGUAUUGUGCAAUGUGGGGGUGCAAUGCAAAUGCAUGGGAAACGCAUGAUCACUCGGAGUAGACAUUUUAAAACUUGACACACUUACGUAAUUGACUUAUUUAAGAUGUUUGUAUCUAGCUACAUUAUCAAUGUACUGUAGACAUCAAACUUGUGACCAUACUAAUAAAAUCAUUAAAAGGAGCACUAAGGGAAAACCGUG